GCGAGGAUGUGUCGGCCACCGCCGCCGCUGACGCCGCUGACGCCGCUGACGCUGAGACGCGACUGAUCCCGCUCCAGCUCUGUCGGCUCACGCGCUUCUACAGGUGCCAAGAGCCGCUGAGUCUGGAGCUGUACUCACCGGACCUGCGCCGCUGCUGCCGGCUGCGCUGCCGCGACGCCGGGCAGGCCGCCGGCUGGUUCUCCACGCUGGGCUCCACGCUGAGCGCGCUCACGCAGCAGGCGGUGGAGGCGACGAACGAGAGGGCCCGCGACGUCCUGGACGACAGCCCGGUCCUCCAGAUGGGCUGGGUCAGCGUCAGGCAGGCCGAACAGGACCAGUGCGUGGACAGCCGGCCCUGGGAGCCGCGCUUCGCCGCCAUCACCGAGCGCGAGCUGCUGCUGUUCGCCAGGGCGCCGUGGACGCGCGACGACUGGGCCCGGCCGCGCACCGCCCUGCCCAUCGCUAUGACCAGGCUGGUGAGGUACCGGCUAUCGCCGCCGGAGGCGCCACCGUCGGCGCCGAUCACCUUCACCACGCGCACGGGCACGCAGCGCGGCGUGGCGUCGGUGCAGUGGCGCGUGGGGACGCCGCGCGAGCUGGCCAGCUGGAGCCGCACCGUGGUGCUGGCAGCGCAGGCUGCCGUCGCCCAGGUGGACGAGAUCGUGUUCGAGUGCCGCUGGCGGAACUGUCCGGUGCUUCUGUCGAUGCAGCACGAGAACGGCCUGACUCUGCGCUCGGCGCCCGGCCUCGCGCGGGGCAAGGUGCUCUGGCACUACAGCUUCGACAAGCUGACCGACACCUGGGACGACGACCGCGCCACCGUCCGGCUCACAUUCGGCGACCGUGAGAUCAUGGAGCUGGACAUGGGUGCGUCGCCGAAGCCGUUCGUGUUCGCGCUGCACACCUGCCUGUCUUCGAAGGUGGAGCGGUUGGCGACCUCCUGA